GUGAAUUCUGUUCUAAUAUUUCUUACACUUACUGUGUAUUCCAGUGCAAAGUUCAACUGUACUAAAUCAACAUACUGUACCAUCAUAAUAUGGGCCAAAUGGUCAGAUUGCUCCUCGGGAUGUGGACAAGGUUUAAGGUAUCGUAUGCCUGGCAUGUGUUGUCCAAACGGAGUAACUGUUGAGACAAUUUUUGAGGAAUGUGCUGUAAAAUUGUGUAACAUGACGGAGAGUGAUUACAAUCAAACAGAGGUCUGUCAGUCUGCGGACAAGUGCUCUACAGCUACACAACAAACAAUACCGUUAUCAACGAAGCUGUUCUCUACAACUACUAGAACCAGUCCUCCUACCAGAAGUACACAGAGACCUUCAACCAUCACAGAUGUGGUUUCUUUACCACUAACUUCUCGUUCAAGUAUUCAAGCGUUUCCGUCGUCUAAGCAUGGAGAACCCGUUCAAGACAAAAAUUUGGCCCUACCCAGACCAUUUGGUAAGUGUUUCAUAUUGAAUAUUUUAAGGGACAAAACUGAUUUAGAAGAAGCUGCCUAUUACACCAAAGGCAAAUGUAAUAAUGUCAGCAUAGAGGUGUAA